GAGUGCGGGGCUUCCGCGGCUGCGGGCCCGUUGGCCAUGGCGGCUGCGCACCGUGCGGCGCGGCUGGCCGCCUCCUGCCUCCGCACCCCGCUGGACCCGCGCACACGGGCCCCCGCCGCGCUCUACGAGCGGGGACCGCCGCCCGCCGCCGCGCAGGAUGGUUUGGAUUUGGAUUCAAAUACGGACAGAGAGCAGACCCUUUCUCUAAAUGGGGACUCUGAUGAUUGGAUAGACUUUUCCAAAAUGUGCAAUUCAAAUGAAGAAUAUUACUUGAAGCUAGAAGAGUUGAAGAAUGCCCACUUGGAGACCAUGGCAAAAUUAGAAAGUAUGUAUCGGAAUAAACUGUAUUUAAAAGGAGUACAACACUUGGAGAAGAAAAAUGCUGCUUCUAAUACAUGUUGUAGGCCGACUUGGGAGAAGAGCUCAUAUCAGCCUCUAAAUUUGCACAAAUCCUUUUCAGACUCUGACUUAAGUGAUCUCUCAGGCUCAAGUAUAUCUGAUGGGUCUGACAGAGAAUUAGCGUUUGAAGAAAAUGGUAGUGAAACCGGAUCGUCUGCAUUUGCUAAGGAACGGAUUGAGAAAAUGUGGGACGGGUUCAGUGUGGAAGACUACAUCUCCCGCACCAAGCCCAGCUCCUUACCCAGGUCACCAGCCUUCAGAACAGCACGGAAGAAACAGAAAGCAUGGUCACCAAAAGUUACUGUGCCUAAGCCCUUCCAGAUGACUAUUAGAGAAGCUAGAAAAAAAGAACAGAAUCUCAAAUCAAAGUCACAGAUUGAAUUGGAAAAUAACUUAUUGAAGAAGCAACUAGAGGAAGAAGCAGAGUGUCAGAAAAAAUUCCGAGCCAAUCCAGUGCCUGCUGCUGUCUUCCUUCCUCUCUACCGUGAAAUCGUGCAACGAAACGAGGAACGCAGGAGGUCUGUGAAAGAGAGAAGCAGGCUCAAGCUCUUGGCUUCUCAGAAGCCAUUUAAAUUCAUAGAACGAGAGAAGCAAAGGAAUGAAAUUAGGAAAAUGCAAUUACGAGACCUUUCCACACCUGAAAAGAAAAGAAAACAGUUCAAAGCAAAACCAGUUCCUAAAUGUGUUUAUAGCCCAGCUGUUACUGACAAGCUAAAGGAGGAGGAGCUCUACAGAGAGAUCAGGAUCAGGAUGAGAGCUGAAGAGUUGCUACGUAAUUCAUCUCUUCCCAACAGCAGACUGGCUUUAAAAGAUACCAAUAAAAAGAAGAAACACAAAUGCGUUGAACCAAAGCAAACAGAACAUAAACCCAAGAUCAAAUCAAAUGUACCAGAUUUUGAGCUACUACACCAGAAAUUUCAGAAACAGCUCCUGCAACAAAAACAAGUGAAACACCUUACAGUCUGUGAACCUUUCGAUCUUCGCACUCCACGUAUUCCCUCAAACAAGGGGAAGAUUUUGAAGGACAUUCAAGAGGAUGAAGAAAAGUUGAAAGAAACGCGUUGGCCAUAUACCUCUCCAAGACGUAAACCUCAAAUGAGACAUUCAAGGGCAAACUCACAUCUCUCAGAAUUUGGAGAGUCUAAAUCGCCAAAAAUCACAGAAUCCACAAGGCGACGGUUACAAGCCAUAAGGAAUUAUGAGAAGCAGAGAAUGCAAGAAUAUUUGCAAGAGUUGCAAGAAAUGGAAGAAAGAGUAAAUCAAAGGCCAUUGCUUUUUGAAAGAGUCACUCAGAAAAAUGCCAGAAUAGCUGCAGAAAAGCAUUAUUCUAACAGACUGAGAGCGCUGGGGAUAUGCCCAGAGUUUGUUUCAAAGAAAGGACAAACAACUAAGUUGCUACAAUACUUCAGUCUUGAAGAUUUUACUAACUCCACUGAUGCCAGAGAAAGAGUCAGCAAGGAUAAAGUGAAAGAAAGGGAAUCCUUUGAGGAAGCAGCUGACAGUAGUUCUCCAUCUGAGCAGUCCUGUGAGGAGGAAGAGGGAGAGAAGAGAAAAGGAGUCAAAGCCUCCACCUGGGACGGCCAGUCCAGCGAGCUGGAGGAUGAGGAAGAGGCAAGAGCCAGCCCUCGUGUUCAUCAGCCUUGUCAUGCAGGGGAGACUGGGGCAAGCCCCACCUCAGACCAGCGCCGUGAAGAGGAUGAGGAAGCAAAGGCAGGCCUGUCACUUGGCCAUUCCCAGGAGGAGGACGAAGAGGAGGAUGAUGAUCAGUCAAGACCCAGCUCUCGGUCUGAGCAGUCCCAUGAGCGUGAAGAGGGUCAGUCUGACCCUGAAGCUGAGGAUGCCUUUGGAUAUGAGGAUGAAGAAUAUGAAAAUGAUGAUUCAGAAGAGAAACCUAGUGAUGAAGAAGCUGACUGAAGGGAAGGCAGACAGGAUGGCCUGGGCCUCAGGAACCUAUUUCAUUGCUGGCAGUGAAAUGAACACCAAAGAAAAAAUUGGGGUUUUGCUUCCAAUACAGAAUCUUGGGAAUCUAAAGCUUUUAGCUUAACAGUUUUUCCAGCACAGAAAUCUUGUCUGUUUUCCAGAGAGAAAGACUCAUUUACUAAUUUCCACCAAGAAAAUAAUUUAAUUUUAUAUUAAUAUGCUUUAUUCUAGUCUUCUGUGACAUAAGUGCACCUCUAUUCAUAAAAUGAACUGCGACCACCGUUUAAUAAUAAUCUCUUGCAUGCUGUGUUGGUAAGUGCUGAGGUCUUAACAUGUUUAGGUCUUUCUGUGUGCGAGCAAAGCCAGCUGAGAUUAUCAGUGCCUCCCAGUCUCAAACAUUUCAGUACCUCUGGGGUCUCUUCCUGCAGUAUCUUCUAGGAUGGCAGUGAGUAGACCAGGGUUUGUUGUGCAAGACCUCUGAUUGUUUUCAGCAGAGCAGCUGUUAGGAAGACAACUUGUGCCGUUAGACAAUAUGGCCAAAUUAAUCUGCUCGGUUUCUCCCUCCUCUUCCCGUGGGGUAUGUCUUCUGCACUCUUAAGUGAGCUGAAUUGGCUCAGUGAUGGGUCAGAUGAGUGCCAGGGCCAGAAAAGAUUACUACUUUUGGAGGAAAGAAGCUGUUAUAUCAACUCACCUACCUUGUCCAGCUGAAAUAGUAUUGCAGUCACUGAAGGCUGUCCCUGUAGAGAGGAAAAUGCCUGGAAUACACUGGGAGCAGCCACUUAAACUUUCAGAGGAAUUUUUUUAACAGUGACAGACAAGUGGGGUAGAAGACUUUCAGUAGAAGUCUAUGUUAUGCUGCAGAUCCUGUAUUACUGUCUAACCAAGCCCUAAAACUGUUCUUUCAACUCCAUUUUUUUUUUUUUUUUAAGAGCUCUUCCUGUGAUCAUGGAAAAUCAUUCUUCCUAACAUAACAACAAAUGCUGACAUUAAUCCUCAAAUUUCUUUAUUGAGGCAGUAAACAUACUGUAAAGAGGGAAUCUGACCACAUCACAUAAAAAGGUAGCCCAGCAACUCUAGGGGCAUGAAAGUGUGGAAAGAAGUGCUUUUGUUCCUUUUUUUAGACACUUGUUACUUGGGACUUCAGCUACAACACAGCAAAGAAUGCAAGUGGAAGGUUUGAAUUUGGUUGGUUGUUUUUCCUCUUUAUAUGAGUAGUAUCUUUUCCUACUAAUAGGUGCUUUCUUGCUAACCUCUCCUAUGCAACCUAGGAGAGAUAAUAAAUAAAAACCGCAUCCACGUAAUAACAGACCACAAACAAGGAUUUCAAAAAAGCUUCGUCUGGACAGAGUACAAUGCAACAUUGCACAGGGGCUCAAAACAUGUUCAUUAAAGAGUAAAUGCAUUUGUUAAAACUACCAGGUUUGCAAAAGCAUCUGCAAUGACUACUAGUAGGGAUUUUUAUUUUUUAUUGUUUUUGUCCAUGCUGCAUGGAAGAGCACUAACUGAAUCUGUUAUUUCUUCCUCCUGACUUUGAGAAAGUGUGUAAUAGUGUUGGGAAGAUUUUUUUAUCAUUAUUACUUUUUGAAUCAUGAUUUAUUUUUUAAGUGUGAGCGUAACUUAUAUGCAUUUGAAACUUUUUUUUUAUUUCAAUAAAAUAUCCCUUGUAGAUAUA